AUGACACAAAAUAAACGUCAAGGCAAUGAGUCAUUAACCGUUGCUCAACAAGUUACUACCGAAAAUAUCAAUACUCGUAAACGUAUUUCAUUUGCUCAGCUGAAACAUGCAGUUUCAUCCAACCUGCCGUGCUUCCACGUACAAUGGCCACCUGACACUGAUCGAAAAAAAAUACCAUCAGCUAUAUGUGCGAGUGAGCUAAUAAGUAAAGAAUUGAAAAUAAAUGGAGUAGAAAUCAAUGGAUUUACCCUAGUCGGUUGGGCUGGUAGAAAACUUAAACUAGGUGUGAAUAAUAAAGUCGACUACGCUACUCUUGUCGCAACUGAUAAAUGGCCUGCUAAGAUCAAUGGAAUCGAUAUUGAAGUCAUAAAGCCUAAAUAUACGCCAGACGCUUUCGUACUUGUUAUUCGUUAUGUUCCACAAGAAUUAGAUGAAGAAUUCGUAGCAAACGAAAUACAACGUACUAUUGCAUCAGCAAAUCAUACCAGUCGUAUUCGGUAUAAUUACAAAAGGAAAACCAGUGAUUAUAGGUUCGAAGUCAAAGAUUAUCAAGAAUAUCAAUCAAUACUAAAACUCGGUCGUAUUGCUAUAGGUUAUUCAUGGCUAUCAGUUACUCCAUUUUAUCCAGGUAAUCGUUUGACCUAUUGUACCAAAUGUUGGUGUAUUGGUCAUUUGAGAAACCAUUGUAAUUCAUCAGCUAAAUGUCGAAUCUGCCUUGAGAUGCUCACAGAAAAUUCAUUGCACAUUUGUAAAAAGGAACCUAAUUGUGCACAAUGUAAUGGAAAACACCACUCUCUGGAUAAUCAAUGUCAGGUAAUUCGUGACUAUAAGCUACAAUUAAAAGUAGACGUUGAAGAAGCUAUUAAUAGUGGCAAAUUACAUCGUAUUCUACCAAAAGAAAAAGCACCAACAUUCGAACUCCGAGAACAAGAUUUUCCAGCAUUGGCAACAAAUACUGUGAGUCAACCUCCGAAAUGGAACAUAGUACAAGGUCUUAUGUCACGUAUACCUAAUACAACAACAGCACCAGAAUCAGAAAUGUCAGUAGGAAGUAUCAAUAAUAAUUUGCUGAAACUCUUAGAUAGCAAUAAACGAAUAGAAGAAAAAGUCGAUCGAUUCAAAAUAGAUUUAAAAGUAGUUACUCUUGAUACUCAAUUACACCAAGCGGUAUUACUCGAUGUUAUCGAAACCAUGAAAGACUUCACUCAAAAAUUUAUACCGUCAUCACUCACGUAUAACAAGAAUGAUAGAGCAUCGUUAAUACCAGUCGUACAGCAAUUCUACAAUCGUUUUUGCUAUGCAGCUAUGAGUUUAAAUGAUGGUUUUCAACUUAAUCGUAAAGUUUCGCAUGCACCAUCACAAAUAUUAAGCAACAACAUUAUUCAACCAACUGCUAUAAUGCCAACAACAGAGAACCUUUAA